AUGGUUAUGGGCUUUGAAACUAGCCAGGUCCUAAACCAGGUUCAUCAUAUAAUCUGCCUGGAUGUGAACCAGAUCUUCAGUUCACUUGCCUUCAAGAGGAAGAAACCUAUAUUGUUCUUUGUUAGCAUCCUUCAGUUCCUGAGAGCCUUCUUUAGGCAGAACCUCUGCUCCUCCUUUGUAAAAUUUGUUGUCCAGCUCACACAUGGACAUGGGAAUGAAUUGCCACAAUCAAAAGAGGAUGCCUACUUAUAUCCAUUAGCCAAGCAGCAUGUACUGUCCUUGGUUAUCUGUCUACAGAACCUGCUAGUCCAGAAGGACUUUUUGCUAUCGCAAACUGUUAUUGGCUGUCUUGAAGUCUUGUUGGAAUACCUGUACCUGAAGAAUCAGAGUAUUGCAUGCCAUAUUGCCUCACAACCAUGGAAUAAAUUCCUGCUGAUCACACUUUUGGAUGGUGGUGAAAAUUCAUUUCUUCACCCAGAAAUUCUGAGACUUUUUGCUUUGUUUAUAAGGUAUGAGAGCAUCGGAGUUAUUUCUCAAAGUGAAAUUAGCCACAUACUUGAAGAAGCAGCAAAUACUAAAUUGCCAGAACUUUCUGAUGUCACAGUCAGUGCUCUUCGCUCCUUUCUUCUUCAGGUCAUUUCACAGUACACCUCUCAGAGAAAAUUGUCUGAAGCUUCAAAGUGGAAAAUGUCAGGUGAAUUCAACCCAAGCAGCAUCUGUUCAAACCUUGCUGGAGAGCCUCCCAUCAACAAACAGGAGUCAGUGGACCCAUCAAGGCAUGGUGUAUCCUUUGGCAGGGUGCGCUUGGAGUUACUGGAGUAA